ACGAGAAUCGGAAGGCGCAGAAGAAGUGAUGCGUGUACAAGUACAUCCGCGUGGGAUAGAGUCUCGGCGAGAGAUUCCGCGGCAAUCGCAUGUUGAAGUGCGUUUUCUGCGGCCACGAGUUCCAGGGCAACCAGUUCGUGGCGGCGCGCCAUUUCCGCCAGGGCAAGGGAUGUCCGGAAGUGACAGACGAGGCGCUUGUCGACAUCCACUAUAACAGUGAGUACAAGAUGUCCGACAAGUUCCUAGAGCGGAUACAGCAAUUUGAGGAGCUUCACGGUGCGGCGCCUGCGAUGGAUCCGCGACGGGACAAGGGGGGGGAGGGAGAGAUGAGGGACGCGGGGGAGCAGAUCGACGUGGACGACGACGUCAAGGAGGUUGCACGGGUGGGGUCGUCAUGGAGGGAGCGAGAGAAGGGCAUUGUCAGCGAGCCGGGGGGGCAGCAGGGCCUGUACUUUGCAUCGGCGCACGUGUCGGCUCGUACACGGGCAGGUGCAGAUACGGCUGAGGAGGGUGCGUCUGCGGGGAAGAGGAAGUUGAGAGAGGAGGGGGACAGACUGACGGCAGCAGCCGCAUCACAGAAGAGGAUGAGACAGAACACGAUCACGGAGUCAUUCACUUCAAAGUGGCAGAUGGAGUUCAAGAAGAAGUGGUUGCGGUUUGUGUACAGUCAGCGCUUGGCGUUGAACGUCUUCCGGAGCGAGCCAUGGUUGGACGUCGUCCGGCACUUCAGGGACUUGCCGGGGCCAGUGAAGGUGUUGUGGCCUUCAGAGAAUGAGAUCGCAGACAUAGAGACCAUUGUCCACAUGGCGGACGAUGUGGGAGCUGAUCUCGCGAGGGUCAGGGCUCCUUUCUAUGUCACGGGGGCCACCAUUAUGUCAGACGGAAGGAAGUCACGUGAUGCUAGACCCAUCGUUAACUUCCUUGCCGGCGGGUCGCGUGGGGUGAUGCUCGUCCGCACGAUGAACAGGGAGGGUGAGCGGGAUCGGGCGCCUGAUGUGUUAGCGCGCUGGAUCAAGGUGUUCGAUGACUUCUCCGCUAAGUGGGUGAACGCCAUCUGCACCGACUCCGCCUCGGCGUACGUCGCCGCGGAGAACAUGCUCCAGGGGCCCCAAUAGGGGUCGGAGCAUCGAUGGAUAACGUGGCUCCCAUGCGCAG